AUGUGGACGCUUCAUCCGGAUUUUCAGGAGAUGGUGCAAUUGUCUUGGAAUGAAGACGUUGAUACCAAUUGCCCUAUUUUCAAGGUUAUGACUAAGCUGAAACGUCUUAGAGCUCGUUUGAAAGACUGGAACAGGAACACGUUUCGUAAUGUAGACGUGAUGUUGGCUGAGCAGCAGCAGGAUCUUUUGGAGGUUCAAACGUUGAUCUCGGAGAAUGGUUAUUCGGAUGAGCUCUUCAAUAAAGAAAUCCAGACUCAAGCCAGGAUUAAUGUUACUCUUACUAAAAAGGCUUGCUUCCUCCAGCAGAAGAGUAGGGUUAAAUGGUUACAAGAUGGCGACAGAAAUACUUCUUUUUUCCAUAAUAUGCUUCGUUACAAGAGGUUACACAGGAACAUUGAGAGUCUUGAGAUCGACGGCAACAUUGUUCAUGAUGAGGAAGCGAUUGCCCGACAUGUGACACAGUUUUUCUCUAAUCUUUUCCAGGAUCCUGGAUCCAUUGAUAGAAACAUUGUUCACAUUGAAGCUAUUUUGGAUCACGUUAUCUCAGACAUUCAUAAUGAUGAGCUUUGUAGUAUUCCGGAUGAAGCUGAAAUUAUGGCUGCGGUUUUUGAUAUGGAUGCGAUGAGUGCUCCUGGACCGGAUGGCUUCUCGGGUAAGUUUUUUCAAAGUUGCUGGUCUAUUAUCAAAGAUGACGUUAUCACGGCAGUUCGCAUGUUCUUUCUGAAUAAUUAUCUGCCUUCUGGAUGCAACGCCAAUACUUUAAUCCUUAUUCCUAAAAAGGAGAAUAUCACUACGGUUAUGGACCUUAGGCCUAUUGUUUUAUCGAAUUUCUUCUUCAAGAUUAUUGCUAAGGUUUUGGCGGUUCGGUUGAGCAAGGUGGCUGCGGCUUAUGUUACUAGGAACCAGUUUGGUUUCAUUCAAGGCCGUUCUAUACAUGAUUGUAUCAUGCUUGGUUCCGAGGGAGUUAACUGUAUGCGUCGUACGAACAAAGGUCUGAACAUGGCUUGCAAGAUUGAUAUCAAGAAGGCUUUUGACACGCUUAAUUGGGAUUUUCUGAUUAAUGUGCUUAAGGUCUUGGGGUUUCAACAGAGGUUCGUCGAUUGGAUUAAUGUGAUUCUGCACUCUGCUCGGAUUUCGAUUCUUUGCAAUGGUAAUUCUUGGGGCUAUUUUGCUUGCUCUCGGGGAGUAAGACAAGGGGAUCCCCUUUCGCCGAUUCUCUUUGGAAUCGCCGAAGAUGUCCUCAGCUGUCUUUUUCAAAAUUGUGUGUCGUCCGGACAUCUUGCGCCUAUGAUGAUGACUAAAUUGCAGCCCUUUCCCACUCAUUUAUUUUAUGCCGAUGAUAUCUUGAUUUUUUGCAAAGCUUCUAUACAAAAUGCUAUCACUAUCAAGAGAAUUUUGGGGUAUUAUGGUGACAUUUCGGGCCAGAUUUGCAGUGUGGAAAAAUCGUUCAUUUACUUUGGUGAUAAGGUCCCGACUCAGUUAAGACGGCCCAUUCUUAAUUCUUUGCAUUUUGCUCCGGGAUUAAUGCCGUUUAACUACCUGGGCGUCCCCAUCUUUCAGGGAAGAGCCCGCGCUUUAUAUUUUCGUGCCAUUCACGACCGUAUUAUCAACAAGUUCUCGCGCUGGAAGGGUCGGCACCUUUCAAUGGCCGGUCGACUGUGCCUCAUCAAGUCGGUUAUCCAAAGCUCGGUCACUCACUCCAUGUUAGUUUACAGGUGGCCAAAAGCGCUGAUUAAAGACCUCGAUGCUAAAUGUCGUAAUUUCCUUUGGACCGGUAGCACUCUCAAGAAGGCUACCUGCACUGUUAGCUGGUCGAGGGUUUGUGCGAGCAAGGGAGAGGGAGGCCUCGGAGUUCGCUCCUUUGAGAUGAUGAAUAAAUGCUUUCUGAUGAAGCUUGCUUGGAAAAUUAUCAAAGGGAAGGAGUUUGGUUAUAAUUUGAUGAAUAGCCGAUAUCUGAAUGCUCAUAGCCGGAUGUCUUCGACUACGGCGUCUUCUUCCAUUUGGUUGGGUAUUCGUCAUGAAAUUGAUGACAUUGUGGACGACACCUAUUGUCACGUGGGGUCUGGACAUAUGACUAAUUUUUGGUUGGAUGACUGGCUUGGUUAUGUUAUUGCUGAAAAAUGCGGCCUUCCUACGUUUUUAAAGCCCUCUUUCUCUGUGGCUGAUUACUUCUUUGAGGGCGUUUGGCACUUUACUCAGGAGUUUAUCAAUAACUACCCCGAAAUUGUUUGUGACAUUUUACUGAUUCCGAUCGGGGAGGGAGCAGAUACGAGGUUUUGGAAGCCUGCUACUCAUGGCGAGGUGACGGCAAAGCUUGCUUCUAAACAUCAUGGACAUCGACAUCCCUCGGUGUUAUGGGGAAACUGGAUUUGGGCGAAAUAUAUUCCUGAAAGAAGAUCCAUUACUUGUUGGCGUAUAAUACACAACCGUCUUCCCACACAUGAUAGGCUCAUCAAGCACGGGAUGAUUAUGCCUAACUACUGUACUUUUUGUUUUCAGAAUGCGGAAACGAUUGACCAUAUUUUCUGGAAGUGCAGCCAAAUUGAGCCUCUUUGGAAGGAUUUCUUCGCUUGGUUUCGUUUUGAACAGGCCCUUGCUAGUCCCGACAUUCACAGCAUGCUGGUGUAUUCUUGGAACAGAAAGCUUAGCCCACAAAUUGGAGCUUAUUGGAAGCUUGGCAUUAUCACCAUGCUUUGGACUAUUUGGAAUGCUCGCAAUCUUUGUAUCUUCGAGAAUGCUAAGUGGAAUAAGCUUGCUACUGUUAAGUUUAUUCGCUCUACUUUUCUUGAGACGGAGAAGGUUUUUCCUUGCAUGGGACAUAUUUAUAAUUCUUGGGAGGAUUAUAUUGUUCUGCGGCAGCUUGGGGUUGCCUCUCGUGCAGCCCCCCCUCCUGAAACUAUUAAUGUCCAUUGGUGGCCGCCUGCUACGCAAUGGAUGAAGGUCAAUACUGACGGUUCGGCACUCGGUUCUCCUGGUAAAAUCGCGGCUGGGGGCGUGUUUCGUGACAAUUGGGCUUGGGUGCGUGGUUGUUUUCAUGUUAAAGGCGGCAUUGGAUAUGCUUUCGAAGCGGAACUCCUAGCUGUCAUUUAUGCUAUUCGUAUUGCCCACAGGCGGAGCUGGCUACAUCUUUGGGUGGAAUCAGAUUCGGCUUAUAUUGUUCACAUUCUUCAUAACCGUAUCACUUCGGUUCCCUGGAGAUACUUUGCAGCUUGGAGAGAAGUGCUUAGACUGCUUGAAGAUUUUAAUCUUCAAAUUACUCACAUCUAUCGUGAGGGAAACAAGGCGGCGGAUAUUAUGGCGAAUGACAGCAGAAUUGAGGGUUGGUGGCCUCAUGAGAUUAAUGAAAUUAAGAAUGCAGUUCGUAUGGAUAUGGCGGUUCAUAGUCAUCUUCGUAUCAAGAUGUAG